AUGCAAGUGAAAAACAAAGUGAAACUCAAAGAUAAGAAUGUUGCAGUAACCUUAAUUCCUGAAGAUUCAGAAGAUUUAUGGUACUUAUUCAACUUAAUUAAAAAGGGAGAUACAGUUCAAUUAUUAACUCAUCGAAAUGUUAAAAAGGGUAAUCAAAAUCAAAUAACAAAAGGUAAAUCCAAAAUGGAGAAAAUUUUAUUAAAAUUAAGAUUAGUUGUUGAAGAUAUUGAUUAUAUUGCUAGUGAUUUGACAAUGCGUAUAAAUGGGAAAUCUUUAUUACAACAAGAAUAUGUACCUUUAAAUAGUUAUCAUACUGCAGAAAUUGAAAUAAAUAAAGAAGUAAGUAUAGUGAAAUCAAGUUGGGAUGAAUAUGAUAUGACUUUAUUAGAUGAACUUUGUUCAAUUGAGAAAAAAGCAGAUAUUGGAGCAGUAAUUUUUCAAGAAGGUGUAGCUCAUUUAUGUUAUGUAACUGAUCAAAUGACUGUAUUACAAUCAAAAAUUGAAAAAUCAAUACCGAGAAAGAAUAAAGAUUAUGGAACGAAAGAUCUAGAUAAAGCAAUGACUUCAUUUUAUAAUAUGAUUAUUCAAGGUAUAAUACGUCAUUUUGAUUUUAAUAAAUUAAAAGUUGUAAUAUUAGCAUCUCCUGGAUUUUUAGCUAAAACAUUAUAUGAAAAAUUAAUUCAAGAAUGUAUUGCAAUGCAAAAUUCAUCUACUAAAGAAUCUAAGAUUUUCCAAUCAAUAUUAAAUAAUAAAAAUAAAAUACUAGUGACUCAUUCAUCUACUGGAUAUUUACAAGGGUUAGAAGAAAUACUAAAUGAUAAACAACUGUCUAAAAAAUUAGCAGAUACAAAAUUUUUAGAAGAAAGUGAAGCAUUAACAAAGUUUCAAAAAGCAUUAAAUGAUGACGAUGAUAGAGCAUGGUAUGGUAAAGAAGAAAUUAUAAAAGCAUUAAAUAUGGAUGCAGUAAGAUAUCUAAUGAUAUCUGAUGAACUUUUCAGAUCAGAUGAUAUAGAAACAAGAAGAGAGUAUAUUAAUUUGGUUGAACAAGCUAAGCGAAUGAAUGCAAAAGUUUACAUAUUUUCAAGUUUACACGAACUGGGGAUUCAAUUAAAUCAAUUAACUGGUAUAGCGGCGUUACUAAAAUAUCCAGUUCCUGACUUAGAUGAAUCAGAUGAAGAAUAA